AAGUCUACGCUUUAUUCUAAGAAAAGACAUGUUUUGGAAUGUCAUCAAGCAAAAAGGCUGCUCCUACUCGAGACAUAUUUUGGGUAGCAGCAUCCAUGAUACGACGUGAUUUCCGCAAUUCACGUCCUAAGUUCAUCUCAAUCUCGAUUCUCGGCUAAGCACCGUUCCCUCGCACACAGCUGCAGCGCCUAUUCGAUGAGUUUUGGCAGGUAGGCAAGGCAGGGCUACAACAGAUUUAUAGAUGUCGCCACCAUAGCCUUCAAGGCCCAGUCGCUAAAAAUCGCUUGGAAGUGUGGGGAUUUGCAAUGCGAGUCAAGUCGUCGAGUAAACAAAUCCAGUGUUGAUGGGAGUGACUGCUGCUAAUCUGGCCUGUAACCUGCUGUGGACAUUGUGAGGCAGUAGAUACAACAGAACACUGCCGGAGAAGCAUCAUCUCUUAGAUCUCUGUCUGGCUGAUAGCUUCAAGAAGCACCUACCAGAACUCGUGAAGGUCAGCUGUGAUGGCCGAGGCUGCCCCCGCUGGCGCUGAGGGUGGCGAGGGUGUCGUACCCUCCCCGCGCCGACGGCCCGACAUCGACACCCCCGACCCAGCCGACUCGCCACGCAAAGGCGCCAGUAACAUCUCCACGAGCACGAGCAGUUUCGAGGCAGGGGUGCAGCACGACCCUAAUCUGAACAGACUGGCGGUGAACAUGUUCACCAAGACCGAACAGUACCUGCAGGGUGAACUGGACGCCGUUCUGGGCGAGUACCACCUGCUAACCGAGAUGAACCGCCGCACAGAAGCCAAGUACCGUGAAAUGCGCGACACUGGCCGGGAAACGCAGACGGCCAUUGAACUCCUCAACGCCAAAUACCUGGAAUUGGAACCGUGUCUUAGGCAACUGGAGGAGGUGGACCGAAGUCUUGCCAAGCUGGAGUCGGCCGCCAUUCAGCUGGACUCGUACUCCAAACAGCUGGAGAAUCGGUGUCGAGCGCUGGGAUCGCGGUGAACAGUGCAUGGUGGUACAGCAUGAUGUCGAUGAAGUAUACGGGGGACUGAGGGUAGACAUGUGGAUGCCAGUGUUGCGUGCUCAGGACAGCGUCUCUGCACAUUUUUAGUGGACAUUCUGAUGAAGACAUUAUAAUAGUUUCCAUAAAAAGUGAAAUUGGUAUUGGCACUGGCUUCAAAAGUUACUCACCGAAAAUUUACCGGCAGAUUCAAGGUAGGACAUCGACUUAAUAUUGAAAUAAGGUUUGCCAUGUUGACAUUGUAUCAAAAUGUAGGCUGGCGACUGAUGAGUGUCCUCUGAGUUUACAUUCGAAGUGUG